CUGCAGGCUGCAGUCAAGCACCUCCUGCCCGAGAUCAAGCCUCAGGACGCCAGCAAGCUGUGCGUGGUCAUCGACUUGGACGAGACGCUGGUGCACAGCUCCUUCAAGCCGGUGAACAACGCUGACUUCAUCAUUCCGGUGGAAAUUGAUGGUAUCAUGCACCAGGUGUACGUGCUGAAGCGGCCGCACGUGGAUGAAUUCCUGCAGCGCAUGGGAGAGCUGUUCGAGUGCGUGCUCUUCACUGCCAGCCUGGCCAAGUAUGCGGACCCCGUGGCCGACCUGCUGGAUAAAUGGGGGGCGUUCCGUGCCCGGCUCUUCCGCGAGUCUUGCGUCUUCCACCGGGGCAACUACGUGAAAGACCUGAGCCGCCUGGGCCGCGACCUGCGCCGCAUCAUCAUCGUGGACAACUCGCCCGCCUCCUACAUCUUCCACCCCGACAACGCUGUGCCGGUGGCCUCGUGGUUUGACAACAUGGCAGACACGGAGCUGCUGGACCUGCUGCCCUUCUUCGAGAGACUCAGCAAAGUGGACGACGUUUACACAGUGCUCAAGAAACAGCGGACUAACAGCUAGUGGUGCCCCAGCGUGGCUGGCGGUGGUGGCCCGGUGGCAGCCUCACUGGGGGACUGUGGGCGUCCCGGUGUUCCCCCAUCACCACCCCAUUCCCCGCUGCGAUGGUCAUGGUGGGUGCUCCACGCAGAAGGGGUGCCCGGGGGUGACCCUCUGGGGACGUGUUUGGAGGGGU